AUUUCUCGAAAUGUCAUCGACACUUUCCAGCGCUCUGAUUUUCUCGACGUUCUUCUCAUUAGCGCUACAACAGCAGCCAUCUCUUUCCUUGCUCGAUGGCAUCAUCAACCUGAUCCAAGAUGGCGACAGCCAGUUCAACACGGAACCCAAGGAUGUUCCAGAAUAUGUGAUGAAACGUGAAUACGAUUUCAUCAUAGUUGGUGCCGGAACAGCUGGUUGCGUUCUGGCCAAUAGGCUGUCGGAGAAUCCCAACUGGAAUGUGCUACUUAUUGAGGCAGGUCGCCCUGAAAACUUCAUCAUGGACCUGCCGAUCAUAGCCAACUACCUACAGUUCACUGAAUCGAACUGGAAGUACAAAACAGAGCCAAGCAACAGGUUUUGCGUCGGCAUGGACGACCAGCAGUGCAACUGGCCACGUGGAAAGGUAGUGGGAGGAUCCAGCGUGCUGAACUACAUGAUUUACACCAGAGGCAACCGAAGGGACUACGACCAUUGGGCAGCAUUGGGAAACGAUGGAUGGUCCUUCGAAGAUGUCCUGCCAUAUUUCAAGAAAAUCGAAAACUUCACCAUUCCCGAAUUUCAAGAUCCAAAUUACCACAACACGAAUGGAUACCUAACAGUCAGCUAUGCACCUGACAAAACAAAAAUUGCUGAUGCCAUAAUCAAGGCAAGCAUCGAGAAUGGAAUCAAAUAUGUGGACUACAACGGACCAACUCAGACAGGCGUAUCAAGAUUGCAAGUCUCUAUGAGAGAUGGAAUCCGAGACAGUUCAAGCCGAGCUUACCUCCACCCAGUGGCCAACAGACCGAACCUGCACCUGAAGAAAUUCUCCAUGGUAUCAAGAAUCCUCAUCGACCCCAUAAACAAAACAGCCUAUGGCGUCGAAUUCGUCAGGAACAACAAAACCUAUCAAAUCCUCGCUAAAAAGGAAGUAAUAGUGUCUGCCGGUGCCAUAAACUCCCCGCAGUUGCUGAUGCUAAGCGGAAUAGGGCCCAAGAAACACCUAACCUCCUUGGGCAUCCCCGUCAUCAGCAACCUAAAAGUAGGCUACAACCUCAUGGACCACAUCGCCACCGGCGGUAUUACCUUCAUCAUCGACAAACCCUACUCCCUACGCACCGACAAAAUCAUCUCCAGAGAGAACCUGAACAACUACCUGAACCACCACAAAGGCCCUCUCUCGAUCCCAGGAGGCUGCGAGGUGCUGAUCUUCCACGAUUUCGCGAAUCCCCAAAGUCCCGACGGGUAUCCAGACAUGGAGCUCCUGUUCCAAGGUGGAUCCAUAGUGUCCGACCCCGUACUGAGGAAAGACUUCGGCAUCACAGACUCCAUCUACGACGCCGUGUACAAACCGAUAGCAGACGCGGAAAGCUUCAUGGUCUUCCCGAUGCUUCUGAGGCCGAAGAGCAAGGGCAAGGUGACGCUGAAAAGCAGAAACUACAUGACGAAGCCUAGGAUCUACCCCAACUACUUCGCUCACCAGGACGACAUGGACACCAUUCUGAAAGGCGUAAGGCUGAUAAUGAACAUCACGUCGCAGCCUGCUUUGCGAGCUUUAGGCAGCAGAUUGCACGCCAUUCCUAUUCCGCAGUGCGCAGACAGACCUUUUGCCAGCGAAGCCUACUUCGACUGCAUGACUAGGUACUUCACGUUCACCAUUUACCACCAGAGCGGCACGUGCAAAAUGGGACCUGCUAAGGACAAGAAGGCUGUGGUGGAUCACAGGCUCAGGGUGUACGGCGUUAAGGGAUUGAGGGUUAUCGACGCGUCGAUAAUGCCUGAGAUACCUGCGGCUCACACUAAUUCCCCCACGUAUAUGAUAGCGGAGAAGGGAGCGGAUAUGAUCAAGCAGGAUUGGGGGAUGACAAUAUGACUGUGAUAUUUGUGUUGUUCGAGUUGUAAAUAAAGUAUUUAUAGAGUCAA